CUUACAGAUGGGCAGCAGGACUACAGAAUAGUACCCCUAAAUGGAGAGAGAUUACAGGGCUGAUCAGAAAGGAUGAGAAACAAGAAAGUUACUCUUUAUUUCUGAAAGAGAGCAUUCUCCGAUUCUUCCUCCACCUCAAUCCCUGUUGCUAUGGAGACCAUCAAUGGGACUGAGACCUGGUAUGAGAGCCUGCACGCUGUGCUGAAGGCUUUAAAUGCCACUCUUCACAGCAACUUGCUCUGCCGGCCAGGGCCAGACAACCUGACUGAGGAGAAGCGGGCCAGCCCGCCUGGCCGCAAUGAUAACUCCUACAUGUACAUCCUCUUCGUCAUGUUCCUCUUUGCUGCCACUGUGGGCAGUCUCAUCCUCGGAUACACCCGCUCCCGCAAAGUGGACAAGCGUAGUGACCCCUAUCACGUGUACAUCAAGAACCGUGUGUCUAUGCUCUGAUGCUAAGAAGCCAGGGAUGGCAGAAGAUCAAGAUACCUGAGGAUUAUCUUCUGGGGACUCCAGAACUCAGCUGUGGGCCAUAUCCAGCCUCUGUGUCCUUAUCUGUAAGGUUAACAAGAAACAG